AAAGACCCCGUCGAAAAAAGAAAAUAAAGCUGCCUUGGAUUUCAAUUUCAAGUGAAGCAUCGACCUAUUUUGCAGUAACUAUCACUAAAACGCUUCAUUUGUUCCUCCUCUUGCCGCCGGAAUAUUGAAGCCCGUAUGGAGUCGACGAACUGUGACUGAGGAAGUGACGCGUUUACGCCUGAAUCGCAGCCGUGAUGAAGAGAAGGGUGGACCCCGCUCCCGUGCUGGCUGCCAAGAGGCACCGUGCUGACAGCAGCUCCGACGAAGAGUCCAGACAAGACUCCAGCCAGAAUGAGUCUCUCAGCGACCAGGAAGAGCACCGAGCCGCAUUCUCCGUGCCGUCUGUACCGCUCCGCGCCGGGGACACGGACUCACCCCCGCAGGACUCCAAUUUCUCCAUGUACAACAGCGUGUCGCAGAAGCUCAUGGCCAAGAUGGGCUUCCGCGAGGGCGAAGGUCUGGGCAAGUUCGGCCAAGGACGCAAGGAGAUAGUGGAGGCGUCGACUCAGCGGGGGAGGCGAGGCCUGGGCCUCACGCUGCAGGGCUUCCAGGGGGAGCUCAAUGUCGACUGGCGAGAUGAACCCGAGCCCAGCGCCACAGAGAAAGUGGACUGGUUCCCAGAAUGCACCACAGAAAUUCCCGAUGCAGACGAGCUGAGGGACUGGAUGGCAGUGGGGCCAAGAAAAAUGAAGAUCGAAGACGAAACAGAGUUUUGCACUGAAGACCUCCUGCACACUCUUCUCAGGUGCAAGGCGGUGUUUGACGACCUGGAGGGCGAGGAGAUGAGAAGAGCGCGCACUCGUUCCAACCCCUACGAGACCAUCCGAGGAGGCAUCUUCCUCAACAGAGCGGCUAUGAAAAUGGCCAACAUCGACCACUGCUUCGACCGCAUGUUCACCGACCCGAAAGCUUCCAACGGGAAGCCUCUGACGCACGACAAUCCCAACGAACUUCUGUACUUCGGCGACGUGUGCGCGGGGCCCGGCGGCUUUUCCGAGUACGUCCUGUGGAAGCGACGCUGGCACGCCAAAGGCUUCGGCAUGACGCUGAAGGGGCCGUGCGACUUCAAACUGGAGGACUUCUACGCCGCGCCCAGCGAGCUCUUCGAGCCCUACUACGGUGAAGGCGGCGUGGACGGCGACGGCGACAUCACCCGGCCGGAGAACGUGACUGCCUUCCGGAACUUUGUGCUGGACAGCACCGAGGGAAGGGGGCUGCACUUCCUCAUGGCGGACGGGGGCUUCUCCGUGGAAGGCCAGGAGAACCUUCAGGAGAUUCUGAGCAAGCAGCUGCUGCUCUGCCAGUUCCUCACCGCGCUCUCCACACUCAGGACAGGCGGCCAUUUUGUCUGUAAAACCUUCGAUCUCUUCACGCCUUUCAGCGUGGGUUUGGUCUACCUACUGUACCUCUGCUUCGAUCGCGUCACGCUCUUCAAACCCGUGACCAGCCGGCCCGCCAACUCCGAGAGGUACGUGGUGUGCCGAGGUUUAAAGCCGGGCUCCGACGCCGUCAGGGAGUACAUGUUCCGAGUCAAUCUGAAACUCAAGCAGCUGCGGGACGCGGACACGGACGUGACGGACGUGGUUCCCCUCGGCGUCAUCAAGGAGGACGCCGACUUCUACAACUUCAUGGUCAACUCCAAUGAGAGCCUGUGCGCCGUCCAGAUCAAAGCCCUGGCCAAGAUCCACGCCUUCGUUUUAGACCCGACGCUCGCCGAGUCGAGGCAAGCUGACGUACGCAAGAAUUGUCUCAAGCUCUGGGGGGUGCCCGACAAGGCCAGGGUCACGCCGGCGUCCUCGGACCCGAGGUCCAAAUUCUAUGAACUGGUCAAGAAUCCCGACGUGGAAGUGUUCAAAAGCAGCAUCACGCCGCUCAACUCCAGCACACUUGAAAAGCUGCGUCACGUCCUGGACCACCGUUGCAUUGUGGGAGGCGGCGAGCAGAUCUUCCUUCUAACGCUGGGCAAGUCUCAGAUUUACACGUGGGACGGAAAGAUGCCUUUGCGAUGGAGGAAGCUGGAGAACUUCAAGCUGGAGCUGCCCAGAGAUUCUCUGCUGAGUGUGGAGAUCGUGCAGGAGCUGAAAGGCGAGGGCAAAGCGCAGCGGCGAAUCAACGCCGUGCACGUGAUGGAUGCGCUCAUUCUGAACGGCACCGACGUCAGAGAUCAGCACUUCAACAAGCGGAUCGAGAUGGCUGAGAAGUUCGUGAAGGCGGUGGCCAAGCCCAGCCGACCUGACAUGAACCCCAUCAGAGUGAAGGAGGUGUACAGGCUGGAGGAAAUGGAGAAGAUCUUUGUCAGACUGGAAAUGAAGGUGACAAAGAGUUCGGGGGGAGUCCCACGUCUGUCUUACACCGGCCGAGACGACCGACACUUCCUUCCCACCGGACUCUACAUCAUCAAGACCACCAACGAGCCGUGGAUGAUGGCGUACAGCAAAACCUCCAACAGGAAGUACUUCUUUAACAAGACCAACGAGAAGUCCGUCUUUGACACACCGGCCGACGCUGCGUCCCCUUUCCACGUGUGCCACGGCGAGCGUCUCUUCUGGGCCUGGGAGGACGGCGUCAUCGUGCACGACUCUCAGACGCGCGUGGACCCCGACAAGCUGUCCAAAGACGACGUGCUGGCGUUCAUCCACCACAACCUCCAGCUGUGACGUGCGGCACGCUCGGUGGCGGCGCCCUUGAAAAACGCUCGAGUUGACAUGUUUUUUGUUUCGUUUUUUUUUUUUUUUUUUUUUUACAAAUAUAUCAUUUUCGCGUAGCGGCCAUUUCAGUUUUUACUAAGUCCUCUUUGGCCAAUGAUAAAUGUAUGGUGAAAUAUGAUGCAAACAGAUAUUCAUCCACAAGAAAAAUUCACUCUUCCAGUAGUCUCCACAAUGAAAAUGACACAACGACGGAGUUGUAUGCGAGUCUAAUUUCAAUCACUCAAAAAAAGUGUUUGAUAUUAUGAGCAUUUGUGGGGUAAAUAUUUUGGACUUUUUAUAACACUUCCUUUCAAAUGUGUUUCUGAUAAUAGCUCGGUGGGUGGGAAUAAAUACUCUCGCUGGCCCAAAAUAACCCAGCCCAAGUUUCUUUUUCAACACAAUUUCAGCAGCUGUUUGUGAAUCCUUGUCGUGACAUUUGGUCUCUUUGCACAUAACAGAUGCGAAGAACCAGCGGGGGCACUGAUCAUGCUGCCGUUGUCCAUUUUUAGGCUUUUCUCGUGUUUUCAUCAUGUCAGCACUGCCGAUAAACAGGCAUCUUUCUCUUUAAAUACAGCAACUAAGGCAAAGUUGUUAAAGCAGCUCUGAAAUGAAAUCAUAUAGGAGAAUUUUGCUCCAUCUGUCAUGGUGUCCUACAUUGUGUCCCUUUGUCUUUUUUUUUUUGGGGGGGGGGAGGGCAGUGUAUACCCAGACUUUUCUGUUACAGUCCCUCACAUUGCUUGAACGGUGUGUGUGUGUGUGUGUGUGUGUAUGUAUAUAUAUAUAUAUAUAUAUAUAUAUAUGCACACACUGUGAAUAAUAGGGACAUGAAAUAAAAGCAACAAUGAAAUGCUAUCUUGUGAAAGAAGUUUUAGCGGAGGAAAGACUUAAGAGCAACAUUUUGUUCUUGAAUGUGAUAUUUUGAUUGGCGGGUCGCUCAGCCAAUCGGAUCUCGUGCUUACGUGCCAGGGAGCGAUUGUAUUGUCGGUGGUGUUCUUUUUCUUAUUAUUUGUAGGGUAUAUCUGGACUUAUUCUUGUUAAAAUCCAUCCCGUGGCUUGAAAAUGAAAAACAAUUCUGAUGAUAAUAAAUGAGCACUCAGUCAAGCGCUUCAUGAUACAACAACUCGUUCGUAAACAAUUGGAAAAUUGUGCAUUGUUUGUGGCACUCAGAGGAGAGAAUGCUCAGCCUAUCGGAUCUCGCUCUGUGUUCACGUGACAACCCGACGUGACAGGUGUGUUUAUGUAACUAAUCGCAGCAUAUGAAAUAAAUGAGUAAGGCUUAACUGAAU